AUCGGCCGCAACAGCGUUGCCAGAGCCAAACGUUACAACUUCCAUCUCCAACAGGCCCCCACACAUAACAAAAGGCAGGAAAAAUUGUAAAUUAAGACGAAAUUCCCGAACAUUUUCCUGUCAGACGAGACAGCAUAAGCGCACAGCAGCUGCUGCGGAACAAUAUCCAGAAGUUGUGGAAUCUACAAUGGCCACCCCCCAGUCGCCGACGCCCAUGUUCAAUGGCCUGGACGAGGAUCUGUACAGCGAGGCGAAGUUCGCCCACGAAAUCAAUGACAAGAUGCGCGUCCCGAAGCGCAUCAAAGCCACCGGGGAGUACUCGGACGAGGACCUCCUCCUCUCCAACCAGAACGGGCUCAUCAGCUCGUGGAACUACCAUGACAAGAUAGACAUGAACGUGCCGGACAGGAUCGUCGUGCUGGGCCACAAUCAGCACCUGGAGACGCGCUCGGCGCCCCGGGAAAUCCAGCUGGAGAACUCGAUUCUGCCCAAGAACCCCUCCAUGGGGUUGGUGCGCGUCCAGACCCCACCGCGUGUCAUCACCCUCACCGACCAUCACUUCCCUUCGGCCUCCGAAGAGAACUCGCCCAUUCACGCCAACGGGCGGCAUCACUACCUGGACGAGGAGGAGGAUGACGAGGCCGGCCACCCGGCCACGCAGUACGUUAGAGCCAAUGGAGCCGCUCGCAUGGGCUUCCACGCCAACGACAACCACUCGGUGGAGUCGGACUCGCAGCUGACCACGGGCAGUGCCAGCAAGCGCUCGCAGCUGAAUCUCCAGCAGCAGCAGUACAACAAUCUGGACGCCUCCAUACUGUCCCAGCGCGAGGGCACACCCAUGGGCGAGCUGACGCCCCACGAGGAGAUCCUGUAUCUGCGCCGGCAGCUGGCCAAACUCAACCGCCGGGUGCUCAACAUUGAGAUCAACAAUGAGCAGCGGACGCAGCGCGAGAAGAUCGUCUACUGCCUGGGACUGGCCUACUUCGUGCUAAAGACAAUAUUCUGGCUGAAUCGCAACUAGAUGAGGUAGCCAGUGGAGAUCUUGUAAAUGGUGCCACCAACUCACCAUCCACCAUCCAGAACCCACUCAUCCCACACCCAAUAUUGGACACCCUUUCCGGAACAGCUUCUUUAGUUUCACGACUUCUUGUUUCUUUUGUGGAAAAAAGGCUCUGAGAGAGACUUUGUUUUUUGUUUGCCAUAACUAUGUAGUUUAAGCUCUCGGUAAUAAAUAAGCACAACACCUUUCUGUUUGUACACCGUGAAUAACCAAAAACAAGGCCCGCAACUUAAUUUGUAAGAUGAACGAUCUGGAACCUAAAUUUAAGCUUUAAUCUCAGCAGCCCACACAACUCCCGAGAUAUUGUUUGAAAGGGUUGUGUUUUGUGUUUUAGAUCUGUUUUUAGAACAACUUGAUAAUCCCAAAGUGAAAACGAGAACUCUAAUGGUAUUUGUAUGCGAUAAUCCCAUACGAUAAAUAGUUAAAUAUGAUACAUGUAGACCUAACCCACAUAUAAGCGUAAUUGCAGCGAUUUUUGCAUUAACAGAAGCUGAGGAAAUCCCUUAGACCUUAUUGAAUUCGUAAUAUUAAAAAUAAAUUGUUUAAAGUACCAAAGUA